AUGUAUGAUAAUCAACAGGAAAACAAAAACACAACUAAUUCUCAGAAACAAUUUACUACUAAUAAUAAAAAAGAUAAAACUAAGAAUUCCAAACCAACUACUACUUCAAAAGUAACAACAAAAAAUACACAAUGUAAUAAUGAAACAUUAAAAAAAAUUUUAAAAAAUAAUAUCCUUGAGACGGCUUCAGUCUCCAAAAGAGCAAUCUAUCAUACGGCUGUCUCAGAAAUGGGUGAAUAUUUUAAUGUAAUUUGUUCUGAACACUCAUUUAGUUUCCUGGCUAAUGCUCAAACAUUUUGUCAUUUAACUGUUAAAAAAAUUUCCUGUCUUGCUUAUAAAUAA